CAUUGACAUGCAAAGAAAAUAAAAACAAAAGAAAGAGAGGAAGAGAGUGAGAGUGAGGGUGUGAGUCGGCCGUCGCAAGGAAGAGAGGAAGUUCGCCGGCGAAAGGACCUCGGCGGCAUCGCCGCUCCUUGCCGGAGAAAAAGACCCGGUUGUACGCCGGACUAGUUCACGCCAGAGGAAGUGGAGAAGCUAGAGUUUCUGCCACAGGACCUGACUGCUGCCGCUGAACGUCACAGCAACCCCCCAACCAGUCACCGUGGAGGAGGAGCUCGCCGGAGUGGAAACUCGUCUGCCGGACGGAAGAAGGAAGCUGCCGGCCGCCUGCCACGGUACGACAUCGUUAUUUUCGCCGGAGUCCGCUGAAACUUCUGUGCGGAGGAGGAGGACAUCAUAUUGUCGCUCGUAUUGUCUCUACUCCCUGCAUCGCCAGAACUGUUUUUGCGGAGAAGACGACGAAGCAAGGUGAUUUUGGUGAAGAUCGAGGUAGAAGCUUCGGUUAGGAUUUACUGCAACUCGAGGUAAGUACUAUGUCAACCAAGUUUCAUGCUUUUCCCAUAUAAAUUUAUUUUUGACUAGUUAUUUGAGAUCAUUUGAGUAUAUGAUAGUUAAUGAGAUUUUACGUAUCAAUUGUGAUUGUGAAUUAUAUAUAUUCGAGAUUUGAGUAUUUUUAUAUUGGGUGAUAUAACAUAUGAAUUGUUAUUGGAUUGAGAUUUGAGAUUUGAGCUAUUUAUGAAGUAUCUUAUAUUUUGGACUAUUUAUGGUAUAUUUGAGUAUGAUGAGUUGGAGUUAAUAAUUUCAUUAUGAAUAAUUUGGUGGAAUUUGGAUUUCAUAUCCAUUUUGAUUGAGGUUAUGAUAUUGGAACUUUGAGAUUGAAUUAUGAUUUUGAGUACUCGGAGAAAUGUGGAUUUGGUGAGUGGUAAUGGCUAUAAGUCUAAUUCCACCAGGGAUCUCCCAAAAGUGGAGCAUCCCAGCUUAAUUGUAGUAGUCGGUAGAAAAAUCCUGACUACUCGGACUUUUUACUACCCGGAGAGCUUGGAAUCUCUUUCAGGGGGUGUGCACACUUAAGGUAGGAGUUCGACUUCCAUUGGAUUGGAUUGAGUUUGAAUGAUUGGAUUACGUUUGGAUUUAAUUGGACUUUGAUUCCAUUGGUAUUGAGGUGACUUGGCUUUGAGGCUUUGAGGUGAUUUGGAUCAUUUGGUUGGACUUGAUUGAGGAAUUGAGGAUCAUGUUGAAGUUGAUUUCGAGAGCUUCCGCUAGAACACAUAGACUAAAGUGAUUUGAGUAAUUUAUUUUAGUCUUAAUUUUAAAGAAUUGUAGUUGAACAAUUAAUUAAUUAAAAUUUUAAUUGUUGGUGGUGGAUAAGCCUGUGCACUCGGUUAUGAGAGAACCGAGUGUGGCGGUAACGCCCCAUUUUCCCUUUGAAUUUUCCGCUGCAUAAUUCUGAUAAAUCAUUAUUUAAAUGUAUUUUUGGGUGGGAAAUUUGGGGGUGUUACAGUCAUCUCUUCUAUAGUCUCUUCUGUUGAUCAAUUGAAGAUAUCUGAUGCUCAGCAGACAGCGCAGCUCAACAGAAUUGAGACCCUCUGUUCUGACAACAAAAAGGCUGUUGACAGCUUUAUUCAAUUGGAUAAAGACCGAUACAAUAAGCUGAUCCAACUUGAAAGCCAUACUCAGACCAUAGCUAAUGAUGUUGAGAAACAGAAGAAGCUUCUUGACUCCCUGGCUGAAGUUACCACUGUUAUUCCUACUGCUAUCGAAGACUUAGGCAAAGCUCAUGCCUCUGAAUUUGAGAAAAUCAGCCUCCUUCUUCAAGAUCUGAAUGAUGCCAAAAGGGGGGAAGAGAACCCUCAGUCUCAGCACCCCUCUCAACAGUUGCAGCUUGCCAGAACAACUCCAGGCCCUACACCUGACCCUACACCUUACUUUGAACAGCUUAGACUCAAGAAGAAAGCUGUUACUGGCUCCUCUGCACAGCCAUCUAUUCCCGCCCCUCUGAAGAAAGGUACUAAGAAGAAGGCCCUGACCUUCUUAGAUUGGAGAAAGGAAGGCUCUCUGAAGAUCACAAAAGAGCAAUUUGAAGAAAUGAAGCAAAAGAUGACUCCCACACAACAGCAACAUCUCUAUCUUGACAAUGAUGGCCGUGUGAAAGUCAGAUAUGGCGGAUCCUUAGAAGAAGCAGAAUACUGGUUUAAGAAGAACGUCCUCCCUGGGAAAGAUGUCCAUGAAGGUAUUCUAAACUAUCUAAACUGCAAACUCCCCCCUAUCUGGGCCUCAUGUCAGACACCUGGAAACCUCAGUGGGAUCAGAGUAGAAGUGAAUAAAGAAUUGAAAAGGCUACAAGAACUGGAAGAUGAAGCUAUGGCUGCGGCAACAAGGGAAAAUCUGUAAGGAAAUACCCUUGUAAUCCUUAUGUCAAUAAAAGAACUUCUAUGCCUUUCACUUUGUAAGGCAAUUCAUUCCUACCUGUUCUUAAUUUCCUUUAUGCAUGUUUAUUUUCUCUAUUUUUAUUGCUAUCUGUAUGUACCGUACUCUUACUAUUUUCCUAUGCUAAGAUGCUCAC